GUGGGCAUCCAGCGGGCAGACAUGAACUCCCUGCGGGCCAUGGCCUCCCCGCCGCUGGAGGAGCACGUCUUCCUGGUGGAGUCCUUCGAGCUCAUCCAGCAGUUCGCCAAGCAGUUCCAGGACAAGCUUUGUGGGGUGGACAUGUGCAUGGAGAGGGAGCACGGCUGCCAGCACAGCUGCAUCAGCACCCCUGGCUCCUUCUACUGCGAGUGCAACCCAGGCUACAGGCUCAAUGGGGAUGGAAAGACCUGUUCCCCCAUCGAUGCCUGUGCUGACGGGAGGCACGGCUGCCAGCACCACUGUGUCAGCCUGCGGGGCUCCUACCACUGCCGCUGCCGGCCGGGUUACUACCUCAGCCACAACAAGAGGAGCUGCACGAUGAUUGAUUACUGCAGCUUUGGGAACCACAGCUGCCAGCACGAGUGUGUGAGCAUCCCCAACGGGCACUACUGCCGCUGCCGCAGCGGCUUCACGCUCCAGCCCGACGGCAAGUCCUGCAGGGCCACCGACCUCUGCAACGGGGUGGAUCACGGCUGUGAGUUCAAGUGUGUGAGCACAGAGGGCUCCUACCACUGUGUGUGCCCUGAAGGCCAGCGGCUCCAGGCUGAUGGCAAGACAUGCAGCAAGUGUGGAGCUGGGCACGUCGACCUGGUGAUGGUGAUCGACGGUUCCAAGAGCGUGCGGCCCCAGAACUUUGAGCUGGUGAAGCAGUUUGUGAACCGUGUUGUGGACCUGCUGGAGGUGUCCCCGCAGGGCACGCGGGUGGGGCUGGUGCAGUACUCCAGCCGCGUGCGCACCGAGUUCCCCCUCAACAAGUACCACAGUGCUGAUGAGAUCAAGAAGGCCGUGAUGGAUGUGGAGUACAUGGAGAAGGGCACCAUGACAGGCCUGGCCCUCAAGCACAUGGUGGAGCACAGCUUCUCUGAGCAGGAAGGUGCCAGGCCUCUCUCCCACAACAUCCCCAGAAUUGGGCUGGUCUUCACAGAUGGACGCUCCCAGGAUGACAUCUCCGAAUGGGCCAGGAGAGCAAAGGAAUCAGGGAUUGUCAUGUUUGCUGUGGGUGUUGGAAAAGCUGUGGAAGAAGAGCUGAGAGCGAUCGCCUCCGAGCCAGUGGAGCAGCACUUCUCCUAUUCUGCAGACUUCACCACCAUGACCCACCUUGUGGAGAACUUCUCCCUGAACAUCUGCCCAGAGGAGGGCAAAGGGGAGACGGAGAUCCGCAGCCCGUGCGAGUGUGAGGCGCUGGUGCAGUUCCAGACCAACACCGUGGCCAUCCUGCAGAGCCUGACCGAGAAAAUUGCUCAGAUGACAGUCAGACUUGAAGACCUGGAAAAGCAGAUUGCCAACAAGAAGUGAUCCUGGCAGAGGGCUGCAGUGGUCAGCAGGGCACAGGAUGGAUGUACAGUAGCUACAUGACAUUGUUAUUGGCUAGGUUAUUGUAAAGCAUCAGUGUUUGUUCUUGUAUUGCAAAAUCCCCAGGGGGCUGUAUUUAAAAAAAAACAAAAAUCCUAAAAACACACAAAAAGGAACUUGAACAAAGCCCCUGCUACAAAGCUGAGGGGUUCAGUUGUUGUUCCUUGGCAGGUCUGGGAUGUGGGGGAGCAAUGAUGUGGGCAGGCUGGUCAUUGGACAGACAUGACACGUGGUGUCCCCCAGAGUGACUGGGAUGGCACAGUCCCCCUGGACCCUGGCAGACAGCUUUGCAAGAGAAAAAACCUGCAGUGGUGUCAUCCUGAGAGCUUCUGGUAUCUCAGCAUCUUCUGCCAAGUGGUGGGGCAAGGGCAGCUGGGUGGUGCAGGCAGCACAGGGGAUGCCUGAUGCCCAGCUGGCACCCAGUGUGGUGCUCAGGAGAGAUCCCAUGGGAAGAUGGGCGGCAGGAAUUCUCAGAUCCCCUUGCCCCUGUUUGGCAGAAUUGUUUGGAAAUUGGUAUUAAUCUUGUUUGGUUUUGUAAUCUCAUAGCAAAAUGGUAAUUAUUCUUUCUAUCAGUAUCUAAGUGUGUGUGUAUGUAUAUAUAUAUGUAUAUUUAAUUCUGAGAGCAGGGUAGUGCUAUUUUUAAACUCAUUGUUUUAUAAAGGAAUUUCUAUCUUGACAAUAAACACCCUGAAUAUUU